CGUUUCAAUCGUCCCUGAGUUGUAUGUAGAAUCUCCGAUCUUGCAAGUGGUUCGUGAAGAAAGCAUCCGUCACCAGUGACAGUUGGUGCGUGUCGCUUUCCAAGGUGCUGAACCGGAAAGAAUAUUUCACUCACCAUAAUAUCACUCGCCAGUUGGGCUGCUCCCGCCAUGAGGAGGCAGGACGACCAACCAGACAGGCCAACAGCAGGCUUCCUCCCCGUGAAGCUCUUUAACCAGAAGAAAAGAAACAGAGUUCCUUUGACAUCUGCUCCCUCUCAGAAUGAUUUCUUCUCCCACGGUGAAUUCAUGGCAAGCACCAGCUCAGCUACAUCUUACAACACAUCAGGUACCUAUGGAGGUUACCAGGCUUCAGAUCCAUUCUCUGGUGCUUCACAAAGCCACCUGUGGACCAGUCAGGGUAUCCCACCAUCCCAGCAGUACAGCAGCAACACACCUGCUCCUGGACCUGUCCCUUCAAUGAAAAACUACUCACCCAAGCCACAUCCAUACAAAGUUGGAGGCACAGACUCUAAGAUGGGACAGCCCAACAACCCAAUGAAGCAGUCUCAAUCUAACCCCAGUGUUAACUCUAGACAGAGUGAAUAUCAAGCUCCCCGCAUCAAUGAGAGUGCACAAAGCAGGCCAACACCCCAUGCUGCAUUCUCUCAGAGGGGUCAGCAAGCAAUUGCACAUUACAGACCACCCAAUACCACACAUCAGUAUUCCCAGCAGUCCAGACCUCUGUCUGCUCCUGUUCCACCACCCAACAGACCCUCUGCUCAUGUAGUGCAGUCACAAAAUAACUCCUGGAAGUUUACUGACAGCUUUGGGCAGCAAAAACUCCCAUCUGUGGGAAACAGGAGCACAAAUCAACCCCAGACUGCAAGACAAACUCAAACUGAGCAGAAAACAUUUCCAAUGAAACCAGCCAUUGAGAACUCACUGAGGAUCCUGACUGCAGUUAUUGAUGGCAUGAAACACUGGAGCCAGUUUAAAGACAAAGUCCCAUACUUAUUUGAGAUAUUUGCUACUCUAGACUCUGCAGUCACACUGGGCCACCACGGAGCCAAGAACUUCCUCAUGAGAGAUGGGAAGGAGGUGGUACAGUGUGUCUUCUAUGAAAACGAGCAGGAACUACCCCGUCUCAUCCGCGGUCAAGUUCAUCGCUGUGUGGGAAACUAUGACCGCAGUAGAAACAUCCUGAUGUGUGUGUCCGUCAGACCCGGCCUGCCCUCAGAGCUGAGGAAUGCUCAGGAGGCUGUGAAAGCCUGCGAUGCAGAAAUGAGGGCGCUAGUCAAAUCACUCAGUGAAGUCUGAGUACAAAUACAAGCAGUACAAGGCUGAUGGGAAGUAGUAUACAUGUGAUGAGGCUACAUGAGAGCCAAGUGCUAUAUAGUAAGACCUAAGUCUUGUUACGACUUGGAGAGUUUAGUUUUUAAAACACCUUUAAAGUCAAAGUUUUUGACUUAAAGUGCACUGUUGUCAUUAGUUUGUUCUUUGCAAACAAAAUGCACUAAUGCUGUGGUUUAACUGCUGGAAUUCACUUGCAUGUUCUAGAUGUUUUUGUCUUUAUUUGUGAAACAAAUAAAUAAAGACUUGUUUGACUGAGCAAAAACUUAAA